AUGGCCCGCACCAAGCAGACAGCGAGGAAAUCAACCGGCGGGAAGGCGCCACGGAAGCAGCUGGCCACCAAGGCGGCGAGGAAGUCCGCUCCGGCGACCGGAGGCGUGAAGAAGCCCCACAGAUUCCGCCCUGGGACGGUGGCUCUCCGUGAGAUCCGCAAGUACCAGAAGAGUACGGAGCUGCUCAUCAGGAAGCUUCCUUUCCAGAGGCUGGUGAGGGAAAUCGCUCAGGACUUCAAGACCGAUCUCCGGUUCCAGAGCUCAGCCGUGGCGGCACUUCAGGAGGCGGCGGAGGCUUACCUGGUGGGUCUGUUCGAGGACACUAACCUCUGUGCCAUUCAUGCCAAGAGGGUGACGAUUAUGCCUAAGGAUAUCCAGCUGGCCAGGAGGAUCAGAGGGGAGAGGGCCUGA